UUUGUAUUCUAAUAUGUACCGGCUUUUCGCAUUAUUUCAAAAAAAAGGACCGACGCGCAAGGCACUGCUCUACUAAUACACGCUUGUGUGAAUUUAUCUCAUGGUAUUUGCAGGCGAUACAGUUAUCGCGUGCCAGUGCUAACGUUACUCGCUAACCACUUAAACCCGCCGUAUUCUUUAGAAAAACCUACAUAAACUGGCUGGAUUGAUUCCGGGUCCGAUUAAGCACAUAUAUACGCUUCUUGUAUGUUUCAUAGUUCUUAUGACUAUGAAUAGCAUCUGGAGGGCCAUGAGGAAGGACUUUUAGGAUUGCUGUGUCUCCUGAAUAAGCUCCUGGAUGUCCUCUUUCAUUCGAAUUGCAAUCAGCCUAUGCUCCACCAUAAAGUCAUCACAUCUGCCUUCAUCAGCUUCACCUGUCAUUUGCUGCUUGGAGGAACCCUCCAAGGUGUUUCAGGGAAUACCGUGUGUAGAAUAUGUCUGGCCCUGUCCCAAGUCGCUCUCGAGUUUACCCUGAUGUAAACACACAGCGACCUAGAGAGUACUGGGACUAUGAAUCUCAUGUGGUGGACUGGGGAAAUCAGGAUGACUAUCAGUUAGUGCGAAAGCUUGGCCGGGGAAAAUACAGUGAAGUGUUUGAAGCCAUAAACAUCACUAACAAUGAGAAAGUAGUCGUCAAAAUACUCAAGCCAGUGAAAAAGAAGAAAAUAAAACGAGAAAUAAAAAUUCUGGAGAACUUGAGAGGAGGCCCCAACAUCAUAACGCUUUUAGACAUCGUAAAGGAUCCUGUGUCCCGAACACCAGCACUGGUUUUUGAGCAUGUUAACAACACAGAUUUCAAGCAACUGUAUCAAACAUUAUCAGACUAUGACAUUCGCUUCUACAUGUAUGAAAUUCUUAAGGCUCUCGACUACUGCCACAGUAUGGGAAUAAUGCACAGAGACGUAAAACCACACAAUGUUAUGAUUGACCAUGAGCACAGAAAGCUUCGUUUGAUUGAUUGGGGAUUGGCUGAGUUUUACCACCCAAACCAGGAGUACAAUGUCCGUGUGGCUUCCCGAUAUUUUAAAGGCCCUGAACUACUUGUGGACUAUCAGAUGUAUGACUACAGUCUGGAUAUGUGGAGUCUUGGAUGCAUGCUGGCCAGUAUGAUCUUCAGGAAGGAACCGUUUUUCCAUGGACAUGACAACUAUGACCAGUUGGUUCGGAUUGCAAAGGUUCUGGGUACAGAGGACCUGUAUGAUUACAUUGACAAAUAUAACAUUGAGCUGGACCCACGCUUCAAUGACAUUUUGGGCAGACACUCCCGGAAAAGAUGGGAACGGUUUGUGCACAGUGAGAAUCAGCACCUGGUCAGUACAGAGGCUCUGGAUUUUCUGGACAAGCUGCUACGUUAUGACCACCAGGCUCGACUGACUGCCCGCGAAGCCAUGGACCACCCUUACUUCUACCCCAUAGUUAAAGACCAGGGCAGAGGAGCGCCGGCAGCAGGAAUGGCUGCUAGUUCCACACCGGUCAGCUCUUCUAGCUUGAUGGCAGGCAUCACCUCUAUGACUGCGAGCACACAGCCCAACAUCGCAAACAUCAGCGCCGGCUCACCCGUCAUCCCUGCCCCUAACACAAUGGCCACACAAGUGCCCACUGCCGCUGGAGCCCAGCCCUGAACACCAACUGCCCAACCUCCUCCCUUUUUCACAUCUCUCUCUCUCUCUCUCUCUCUCUCUCUCUCCCUCCGUGGGCCUGCUUGGAAUUGUGAAUUGGUGGGGGGGGGGGCAUUGAUUUCAUUUGUGGUUCUUUUUAUUAUGUUGCAAAUAACACAGAACUAAUGUUAAGUUACCAUUUUAUUUUGUUGUUCUCCUCAGUUGUUGUUUAGGGGGAUCUUGAACUCAAAGAAACUCAUGAUGUUUUUGCACCUGUCUGUGUGAGUUAGAAAAGCAAACGGUGUGAACUUUCACUCGCCGUUAUCGUUUAGAAACACAUAAAUGUCCACCUGAAGAAGGAUAAUAAAAUUAAUUUUAUUUGUCCCCUCUAGUGUUCUUGUACUCAAACCAUUUCACUGACUUAUUUUUAACUCCAUUUUUUUUCUUUUUUGGGGGGUGAAGCAGGGAUUUGUUUUUUUUUUUUAGUCCCUGUUUUUACAAUAAUCUUGAUCACAAAGGUGACAAAACCUGGUGUCAUAUGUAUUGAAUUUCUGAGUGAAGAUGCUUAUAAGGAGUCAUUUGAUUUGGAAGAAUAUGAUGAAUGGGACAAGAGUAAUCUGAUUUGAUGUUGGAGAGAGCAUUUGCACCAGUGUCACGAUUCCUCCCGUUACAGUGCGUUUCAGCUCUGCGUCCAGAGAAUGAGGGCAUGAUUCAAUCAAAACUACUGUAAUAUUUCUGAUUUGUUCGAUCAUUGUGUAUCAAAGCAUUCUCUUUCCAAUAAUGGAAGCUCUUUCAUUUCAGCUGUGCUGGUUCUGUGUAUUGCAGGUGAAUUGGAUAUGGUCCUGGAUCUUGUUAAACUCUCACUAGUUGCUGUUCAAGGACUUGUACCAAUUGCUGAGUAACACAAUCAAUAAUAUGCCAAUUUUUGUUACCUUCAGUUCUGUUAGCGUGCCUGUUUGUGUGAGUGUGUACGUACGAGUGGACUUGUCUUUUGUUUUUAAGAAGUUUCAGACAUCUGUUUGAUACUAAGAAUUUUUGUAAAAAUUUUUUUGAGAGGUGACUGUUCAGUGAAUUACACAUCUCUUUCUAUCCCCAAAAUUAAACCAAUUAAACAGGUGAAAUAUUGAUUUA